CAACUUUUUUAGUUUUUUAGUUUUUUAGUUUUUUCCUCCUUUUCUGAUUUCUAAAUUCAAUAAAUAAAGUUAAUGGCUCUUUCAGUUUUUUCAUAAUGUCCGAAUCAUGUGAUCUUUAUGGAGUUUAUAAAAGAGUUUUAGAUUCUUAAUCGAGCGCAGCUCAGAUCUUCGAAAACCGGUUCGUUAAAAAGAAUGUGGUCAAUGGGUUUGAUAAGACGUACGGCAAUGUCCGCCGCGAUCAGAGCUUCUUCACAGAGGACGUCGAUGCUUGGCGGCGGUGGAUUAAGAAGCUUCACCGACAAAACUUCGACGGAGAACGAGGAGGAAAUGAGGAAGGACAAGGAGAUCACUAUGGCGGAGGCCAAGAAGCUAAUGAGGUUGGUGAACGUUGAAGACAUGAGGAAAAAGCUUGUCGGCAUGUCUGAAAGAGACGUCGUUCCUUACAGUGCGCUUGUAGAAGCUUCUCAGGGAAUGGGUCUCGCUAGAUCUCCCGACGAAGCUCACGUCUUUGCUCGCGUUCUUGACGACGCCGGAGUCGUCUUGAUCUUCCGCGACAAAGUCUAUCUUCAUCCCGACAAGGUGGUGGAUCUGAUCAGACGAGCGAUGCCUAUGGAUGAAACUCCAGAGGAAGAUCAGAUCAAGGAAGAGUUCAACAAGCUGAGGAACAUGAAGGAAGAGAUCGACGUGUUAGCUCACAGACAAGUGAGGAGGAUUCUUUGGGGCGGUCUGGCUACUGCGAUAGUUCAGAUUGGUCUCUUCGUUAGACUAACUUUCUGGGAGUUCUCGUGGGAUGUGAUGGAGCCAAUCACGUUCUUUGCGACAGCGACUAGCAUCAUCGUGGGAUACGCUUACUUCUUGAUAACUUCGAGAGAUCCGACUUAUCAGGAUUUCAUGAAGAGACUGUUCCUAUCGAGGCAGAGGAAGCUGUUGAAAAGUCAACAUUUCGAUGUGGAGAGGUUUAAGGAACUGGGGAGGAUGUGCAAAACGACGCCGUCCUCGUCUUGUCACGCGGCUGCGACUAUAAGGAACCGUGUUGGGUUAGAACUCGAUCUGGAGGAUUCACUGCAGAGUCGCAAAGACUGAUUUAAACAAACAAACAAAUAAAAAUUACACAAUUUUUCUGUCUUGCAAAAGUGACAAAGGUUUAUCAUCUUUGAUUCUUUGUGUGUGUAUGUUCCGUUUUAUACAUAAGUAACCAUUGACAUUUUUAGUACUGCGAAGAUUGGUUAAACAUAUUAUGGAGUUAGUUAUGAAUCCAACGGGUUAUUCUCAA